AUGGAUAGAUGCUGGGAAUUCGUCAGAGAAAUUCAGAUAAGAAGUUUCAAGAGGAUUCGGUUGGUAAGAGUAAUCCGUCGAUCCCUGAUCGGUCGAGAGAGUGUCGAGACAGCGUGUCCAAGAGAUCGGGCAUUCGCGGCCAGAGAAAUUAAUAAUUAACGACAAAAACGGCACGACCACUUCGCCGUGUGUCGUGCUUGGAAUCGCCUAACUGCUCUCAAUAUUUCACAGUGCCUACAUUCGUGGCCGGUGAACCGUGUCACGCGAUGCGGUCGACAAGUCUUCGAUUGCCCGCCGCGCCAAGAAAAUAUUGAAUCUUAGCUCUCGUUGCAGAAAAUGCAUCGUUCGAUUUUGGCUACGAGUAAAUUCGUAUCAGCGUAGAAAUACUGUUGAACUGAAUGUUUCAACGAGCUUGUAACCAUCGAACUGUGUUUUUCGUUUGAAUAUACGGCUCGUUCUGACCUUUUUAAACGUACUAUACAGAUUAUUGAAUUAAGUUGUAAAAUUUAUAUGAGAACGCAAUUCAAGACCUGAUGAGAAAACAAUGCUGUCAACGCAACGAUUCUUUCAUCCCCGUGUACAGCCCUCCAACUUCCUUCCUCGUGGUGCACAAGCGAAGAGCAAGCGAAUAGCGCAAAGUUGGCCGGUUGCUCGAGCUUGUUUUAAAAGAGAGAAGCAUUGUCGUCGCAGUUGUCAUCGUGGAAACUUCUCCGCCGUGUUUCAGGUGGCGUGGUGAGCUACACGAUACCGGAAUCCCCGACGGUGGAGCUGAGCGACAUCUCGUACGAUGGUAAAAGGCUGGACAACUUGUUAACCGAUGGUCUAGGCCGGCUGGUCGAUGGAGAGGUCGGCGCGGAUAAUUAUAGGUUGGACAUGGGAGAUGGAAGAGGUACAGGAUGGGUCGCGUGGAUGCGCGACACCUUCGUCGACGAUUACGUGGAGCUGGUGUUCGAAUUCGAGGUAGCCUGGAUCUUCGAGGCGGUGCACAUCUACACCAAUAAUUAUUUCUCCCGCGACGUGCAGGUAUUCUCGAAAGCGGACGUCUGGUUCAGCGUGGAUGGCGCCACCUACGAGGAGGAACCAUUAUCUUACUCCUACAUACCGGAUAUCGUACUGGAGAACGCGAGGAACGUGUCCAUCGGGCUUCACGAACGCCACGGACGAUUCGUCAAGAUGCAUCUGUAUUUCGCUGGCCGAUGGAUCAUGAUCAGCGAAGUGACAUUCGAAGGAAUUACAGCAGCGGGAGAGGGUCAGGAAUAUUUAGAGGUACUAAUAGGUGUUCUGACUGCCAUUAUCCUACUUCUUCUGCUGGUGUUCGUCAUUGUUCUACUUCUGAAUCGGCGGCAAAAACUUCAGAGCUCGCCGACUGUUCUAAAAAAUCCAUUUGGAUUCGCCAUAAACAUGAAGGGACUUCUACUAAAUUUAACUCCCGGUGGAAUGCUGACAGAGACUGCCAAUCACGUAUCGCCGGACAUGCCAGAGGACGGAAGUAUGCACGAGUCUUUGACAAUGGAACAAUUCAAUUCACCCCUUGUCAGUCCACAGUAUAAAUCUACGUACGCGAUAGUGGCCACUUCCGAAUCCCCGAAAGACCUGAAGGACGUGAACGUCUCGGAGGAGAGCGUUCGACUCGAUACGAGACCUGAAUCGACCAUAGGACCGGCGAGUUGUUCCUCGUCGCCGACAAACUCUCCUGCACGACAUUCUCAACACUAUAGGACCCUCCAAAGUUACACCAGUCCAACUGCAAAACUCAAUAUCGCGGCCACGUCUAAUCACCAGCGGGACGUCGAUCAGAUCCACUCGAAACGCUGGCACACAGCGCCUAAAGAGAAACACAAGAUACCCGCACCUGUUGUCGGCUGGAACAUCGCACCCAGUAUGAACAAACCGUACAAGUGCAAGGAGAUAGAGCCCACCAACAUACCGCGACAGUGCCUACGUACCACGGAAAAACUUGGCUCGAGAAAUAUUGGCGAG